UUCCUCUCCAGCUGACCCAGUUGUCUCCUCUUCUCCUGAAUGAUCCCCCAAGGAUGGACAAGGACAGGAAUGAGAUGACUAAGAGAAUAUUACACUUCACCUUGGAGAUCCUCCACCUGCUGACCGGAGAGGAUUACACCAUAGUGAAGAAGACAUGGGGGGAGUGUGUGGCCCCCAGCAGCCAUCUCCAUGAGUCAGUAGUACAGAGCAGGGCCCGAGGCCCCAUCACAGAGCCUCCACCUCACUCACUGAUAAAUGAGGAGAAGAUCCUAGAACUCAUCCACAGGAUCACUGAGCUGCUGACUGGAGAGGUUCCUAUAAGGUGUCAGGAUGUGGCGGUCUAUUUCUCCAUGGAGGAGUGGGAGUAUGUAGAAGGACACAAGGAUCUGUACCAGGACAUAGUCAUGAUGGAGGAUCACCGGCCCCUCACAUCACAAGAUGGAGUCAUUGAUAGACAACCACCCGAGAGGUGUCCCCGUCCUCUGUAUUCCCAGGAUUGUCCAGAGGGAAAUGUCCCAGAGAAGCAUCAGGGGGGAGAUCUGACUAAUAAUAAAGUGGAGGAUGAAGAAGAGAGGAUGAGGGGCCAUCACCCGUGUAUGAGGGAAGUGAAGGAGGAAAUUCCAGGAGGUGUUACCCCAGAAAAUCCCAGUAAGAAUUCUGAGGGAAACUUCAUGUUAUCCCUGAAUGAUAAAGGAGAAGAUGAAGAUAUGAUGGAGCGCUCCUCAGGAGAAGACCUCCUUACCCCUAAUGUCCAUCCAGAUCUAUCCUAUAAUAAUCCACCUGAUCGUGAGGAACCUUCUCCUGACCAACCACACAUUGUUACCACAAGGACAGAUUUAAUAAUUGGUAAUGGUUUUUAUUGUGAUGAAUGUGGGAAAUAUUUUACUAACAGAUCAGAUCUUGUUACACACAGAAAACGUCACACAAGAAAGAAGCUGUAUGUGUGUUCAAAAUGUAGAAAAGGUUUUAUAUAUAAAUCAGAUCUUGUUAGACAUGAAUUAACUCACACAGUAGAGAAGCCAUUUUCCUGUUCAGAAUGUGGAAAAUAUUUUGCAAGUAAAUCGCAUCUUGCGUCACAUGAGAGAAGUCACACAGGAGAGAAGCCAUAUUUAUGUUCCGAAUGUGGGAAAUGCUUUUUAUGUAAAUCACAUCUUGUUAGACAUGAGAGAACUCACACAGGAGAGAAACCGUAUUCUUGUUCAGAAUGUGGGAAAUGUUUUAUACAGAAAUCACAUCUUGUUUCACAUGAGAGAAUUCACACGGGCGAGAAGCCUUAUUCAUGUUCAGAAUGUGGAAAAUGCUUCAUAUGUAAAGGAGAUCUUAUUAUACAUGCAAGAACUCACACGGGGGAGAAGCCCUAUUCGUGUUCAGAAUGCGGGAAAUAUGUUGCAAGUAAAUCACAACUUGUUAAACAUGUGAGAAGACACAGAGAGAAGCCAUAUUCAUGUUCGGAAUGUGAAAAAUGUUUUGCAAGUGAAUCAGAUCUUUUUAAACAUAAGAGAAUUCACACAGGACCGACGAGGGGCAAAAACCCUGAAACGGCUGUCUGCAGAUGGGUCCUCUUUCCUUCUGGAGAGAUUUCUGCCUUGGCAAAGAUUUCCAGUUAAAGCGAAAAAGUGACGUUUAACGAAAGCCACCUGAUAAGGUCAUGUGAUUGAGCUGCUUUGCUUAGUCCCUCUUUCUAAAUUCUGAUUAGAUAUUCGUGAUUAAUUAAAGAGUACCUGUCACCAAAUGAAACUUUUACUAUAGCGUUCCUUGAGUAAUUAGCAGACACUUUCCCAUUCACUUUAAAAUUAUCAACAUAAAUAUGUUUAAAAUGUAAUAGAAAAAACGGCCACUAGGUGGCUCUGUUCUGUUCCCUGCCACAAUUAGUACAGUGAGUUUGGUCUCCUCCCUGCCUGGCAGGAGACCAAACUCUGGAAGUGCUUCUCUGCUCUGAGCUUGAUUGACAGCUGCACAGAGCCUCACUGAAACAUGCACAGAGCUUCUAUUCAUCACAGGACUGCAACCAUGUGAGGGCGGAAGUGGUCCCCCGGCAGGCUUCAGUGAUGUCAUGCUUGCUGGGAAACGCCCACUUUCUCCUGCUCGGAGAUGACACUAUGUGAGCAAGAAUAAAGGUAUUGUACACAGCUUUGUAUUGCUGUUAUA